AUGAUGCCGCCGGCGGCUUGCGGACUUUAUCUAGAAAUGAUGGAUAUUCAACAGUCCCUACAGCCGCUCAUUCUGAGCAAAGGGCGUAACGAUGAUUGGAAGGACGUUUUGGAGCUCUGUAGAUUGCUGGAACGAGCUGCAACAGGCCUGAUGCUUAUCGUCACCCAAGAAGUGUCCGCGUUGUCUAGCAUAGGAGAGUGA